AUGGGUGUCAUCACUCCCCACUGUUUCUGUUUCACCACCGUUGGAUCACACAAGCCCUACCUUUCUCCCUCAUCUCACAGUUUCCGCCAUUCCCCUUCCAUUUCUCUUUCUUCUUCUUCGCCAUCCCCACUCAGACGAAUAUCAUGCCGAGCCUCUUCCGCUCCCGCCGCCGAGUCUCCUCUCACCGCGAAAGUUGGAAAUGGGUUGAAAGAUUUUAUUCACAUAGAUGAUUUUGACAAGGAAACUAUUUUGAAGAUAUUAGAUCGGGCUAUUGAGGUGAAGACAUUGUUGAAAUCAGGGGAUAGGACAUUUCGGCCUUUUGAAGGGAAGACAAUGUCGAUGAUAUUUGCUAAGCCAUCCAUGAGAACAAGGGUUUCAUUUGAGACUGGUUUUUCAUUGUUAGGUGGUCAUGCUAUUUACUUAGGACCCAAUGACAUUCAAAUGGGGAAGCGAGAGGAGACUCGCGAUGUUGCUCGUGUUUUGUCGCGAUAUAACGAUAUCAUCAUGGCUCGUGUUUUUUCUCAUCAGGACAUACUUGAUCUUGCAAAAUAUGCAACUGUCCCUGUCGUCAAUGGUUUGACAGACUACAACCAUCCUGUCCAGAUAAUGGCUGAUGCCCUUACUAUGAUUGAGCACAUUGGUCGGUUUGAAGGAACCAAGGUUGUCUAUGUUGGAGAUGGAAAUAAUAUUGUCCACUCAUGGUUGUUGUUGGCAGCUGUAGUUCCUUUUCACUUUGUUUGUGCGUGUCCAAAAGGAUUUGAACCUGAUGCGAAAACAGUUGAGAAGGCAAGGAAAGCUGGAAUCAGCAAGAUUGAGAUAAGUCAUGAUCCGAAAGAAGCUGUUAAAGGAGCUGAUGUUGUGUAUUCAGAUGUCUGGGCCAGCAUGGGGCAAAAGGAAGAAGCUGAUUAUCGCCGUCAAGUGUUUAAAGGAUUUCAGGUGGAUCAGAAUCUUAUGGAUGCAGCUGGUUCAAAGACAUUUUUCAUGCACUGCUUACCCGCGGAAAGAGGGGUGGAAGUGACUGACGAAGUUGUUGAAGCUCCAUAUUCAAUAGUCUUCCCUCAAGCUGAGAACCGAAUGCACGCACAGAAUGCUAUAAUGCUCCAUGUACUUGGCAAGUAG